AGAACCGCCCAAAUGAAUUUUUGAAAAAUUGCCAAUGUGCCUAUCUCUCUCUUUCUAAGCUUCUCUAUCUUUUCAUUUUUCCACUAUACACCAACAAAAGUAAAGCCUCAACAACAACCCUAAAUACAAACCCACAACAUUUUCAAGUUGAAUAUAUUGUGGAAAAGAAAUGGCUGAAGGAAGGGACAGAUUAACCAGGCAAGAAGAUCCAAUAGAAGUUUACACUCGUAGACGAACAAGGUCAUCAAUUGGCAGAGGUAGCAUUGAGAUAUUAGAGGAUGAAUCACCUUCCACAGGGACUCCUGCGGCAGCAACUCGUGGUGGUACUGGAAGAAUUGGGUCGCCAAGAAAUAGGCGUGGACGAACUCCAGCUAGGGUGAUUGGUCGUCAGAACAUUUCGCCAACAGGUCAUCAGGGCAGAAAUCGAGGGCGUCAUAGUGUCCUUCCUUCUUGGUAUCCAAGAACUCCUCUUCGUGACAUCACUUCCAUUGUCAGGGCCAUUGAAAGAACAAGAGCUCGCUUGAGAGAAAGUGAAGGCGGGGAACAACUUGAGAGUGUUGUACCUCAGGACCACACUGUUCCUGAUCCUUCUGAAUCUACAUCAGGUGCUCAACUUGAUCCCAAUGAUCCUAUGCUUACUCCAGGUCUAAAAACCAGAAGCAGGUAUUAUCCCAAAUCUACAUCAGGUGCUCAACUUGAUCCCAAUGAUCCUAUGCUUACUCCAGGUCUACAAACCAGAAGCAGGUAUUAUCCCAAAUCUGUUGGUAAAGUGCCAAAGAUAUUGCUUGAUAUCACCAAUCAAAAACCAGAAGCAGGUAGUUCUGGAGCCUCUGAUUGCCUCACACCAGGAAGAAAGCUGCUGGACUCAAUCGAAACUGUUGAGAAAGAUGUGAAGGAAGAACUGCAUAAAUUGAAGAGGACCCCAAGUGCUAGGAAACAAGAGAGGGAGAAAAGAGUUAAAACUUUAAUGUCCAUGCGAUGAUUUUCCAUUUGAUGUCCAACUCAAUCAAGGUUGAGGCACACAGGCUCAGGAAAUUUGGAGAAAGGAGAUAGUACGGCUGACAGGGGAGAGAUAAUAUGUGGGUCAUCUUCUGAUGAUCAGACACUUAGUUGAAAUUAGGAUAUCUUUCGAUAUCUUUCUGUUCCUUGGCAGUAAUUGGAAUUAGAAUGUACCUUAUAGAGUUGACUUUUACAUCCUGCUGAAGUUUUCUUUUGCUGUCUUCCUGGUUCUAUUGAUCAUAUGCUGGAGAUAUGCAUUUGAAUAUGUAAAUAGUGUCUGAUUUUGGUUUCAUACUUGAGUUUUGUUUAGUGUUUGAUAAAAGGAGAUGCAGUUCUAUGGUUGUUUGUUAUUUUGGAACUAUACCCUAUUUAGAGGGAACCUGGUGUACUAUUCUCCAGCUAUGCGCUGGAUUCGGAGAAGAAAAGAACCAAAUAUAUUGAAGUUCAUUGUA